AUGCGUCGAUCUUCCAACAUUCUCCGCAACCGCGUCCCAUUUCGAUGCAUUAACGCGCCUGCGUUCGCUCAAUAUCACAUCCAGGCUCACGCUGCGGUGAAGAGUACUUUGGAUCCGAACGACGCCUCUCGUGAUCUUCCUCCACAAGAUGGGAUUGUCAUGGUUGUGUACCCGAAAUUGAUCCCGAGUGCCUACGCUACCAUUCGAGCACUCCGUGUAAUUUUAGGCUGCUCGCUACCUAUCGAGAUUUGGUAUCGACCUGACGAGAUGGAGCACGUCCCUAAUGCUCUUGUUCCACUACGCCAUCUUGCCAAUAAUUCAUCUGGUGCUCGGAUUUCUUUUCAUCCGAUCACCGACCCAGCUGCCAAGCGAUUUGUAACCAAGAUUUACGCUAUCAACCAUAGUUUCUUUGAUCGCGUGUUGUUCCUCGAUGCUGAUAACGUUCCAGUUCGAGAUCCUAGCUUUCUUUUCAACUCACCUGAAUUUCUAGAGACGGGAGCAAUCUUCUGGCCUGACUUUUGGCAUCCGACCUCGACCAUGUUUGGGCUACACAGCAGAUCGUUACUGUGGGAACUUCUCGAUAUGCCUUUCGUCGACAUGUUUGAGCAAGAAAGUGGUCAACUGGUUGUGGAUCGACGAAGACACGCUGCGCCUCUCAAGCUCGUGCUCUUUUAUGCUACUCACGAACCCAACUUCUUUGCUCACUACAAACUCGCGUGGGGCGACAAGGACUUACGCCUCCUGCCAUGGCUGGAAUGGUGA